AUGGCAAAGGUAAAAUACGACUGGUACCAAACAGAUACUGCCGUCACGGUGACGGUUUUGUUGAAAAAUGCAGCCGAAAAGAACUACUCCGUCCAGCUCGAGCAAAACGCGCUCACCCUGCAGGCCGACGAUAUUGAACCAAUUGCACUCAAUCUGUGGAACCCGAUCAACGUGGAGCUGAGUGCACACAAAGCGACCCCAAGCAAGGUGGAAAUCAAACUCGCCAAACUUAUCGCCCAGCGUUGGGAAGCGCUGGAACGGAAGGUACUGACCGAAGAGCCACAAUCUACGUCCUCCGUCGCCAAGAAGAAACUGCACGAUUGGGAUAAGAUAUCGAAGGAAAUUGAAAAUGAAGAUGAGACGAAGGACGACGUCAGCGCACUGUUCAAGAAGAUCUUUGCCGAUGCUAACGAGGACACCCAGAAGGCGAUGAUGAAAUCUUACUACGAGUCGAACGGCACCGUGCUCAGUACUAACUGGGCGGAAGUGGGUGCCAACCAGGUACAGGUUAGGCCACCGGAUGGGUGUGAGUUUAAGAAGUGGCAAUAG